AUGGAUAAGGUCAAUUCUUCAGUGGUGUCUGAGUUUGUGUUGCUGGGACUCUCUAGUUCUCAGGAACUCCAGCUUUUCUAUUUUGUUUUCUUCUCUGUGUUAUAUGUGGUCAUUGUCCUGGGAAACCUUCUCAUUAUCAUCACAGUGUCUUCUGAUAACAGCCUGCACUCCCCCAUGUACUUCCUGCUGGGAAACCUCUCCUUUGUGGACAUCUGUCAGGCUUCCUUUGCCACACCUAAGAUGAUUGCAGAUUUUCUGAGUGAGCAUAAAACAAUCUCCUUUACUGGCUGCAUUGCCCAGAUUUUUUUCAUUCACCUUUUUACCGGUGGGGAGAUGGUGCUACUUGUCUCCAUGGCCUACGACAGAUACGUGGCCAUCUGCAAACCCCUGCACUAUGUGGUCAUCAUGAGCCAAAGGACGUGCACUAUCCUAGUACUGAUCUCCUGGGCUGUGGGCUUGGUGCACACAUUAAGUCAGUUAUCAUUUACUGUGAAUCUACCUUUUUGUGGCCCCAAUGUCGUAGACAGCUUUUUUUGUGACCUUCCUCGAGUAACCAAACUUGCUUGCUUGGAUUCUUACAUCAUUGAAAUACUGAUUGUCGUCAACAGUGGGAUUCUUUCUCUAAGCACUUUCUCUGUCUUGGUGGCCUCUUACAUCAUCAUUCUUAUCACCGUUUGGUUUAAAUCCUCUGCUGCAAUGGCCAAGGCAUUUUCAACGCUGGCUGCCCAUAUCGCUGUGGUGAUAUUAUUCUUUGGACCUUGCAUCUUCAUCUAUGUGUGGCCUUUUACCACAUACCCUGUGGACAAAGUUCUUGCCAUAUUUUAUACCGUUUUCACCCCUAUUCUGAACCCCAUGAUCUAUACACUAAGGAACAGGGAUAUGAAAGUUGCAAUGAGAAAAAUUUUGACCCAUUACCUGCGGCCCAAGAAAAUUUCUGAAAUGCCACUAGUAAUGAGGAAUUCCCAUUAG